AUGCCUUUCCUCAGCCGGAUACGGUCUCCUGUUGAAGUACCAGUUGCAGCAGAAGAACCCACUGACAACAAGAAUGCUACGGCGGUAGAAAGCCAGGAUGCAGCGAGUGACAGCGAUGGCGAGUCUCUCUCCAAAGACGCUCAGCAUGGUGUGCAGAAAAUGGAAGCCACGACAUCUGUAUGGAGUAGAAACCACUUGAUAGCAGCAUACGUGCUGAUCUGGGUCAUCUACUCCGUUGAUACUAUGCAGCAGAGCAUGUCAGACUCCUUGACACCAUAUGUCACCAGCGCGUUCCAGGAACACUCUCUCACAGCAACGACCUCCAUCAUGUCCAGCAUCAUUGGUGGAUUAUUGAAGCUACCACUUGCCAAGAUACUGGAUAUCUGGGGUCGGCCACAAGGUUUUGCCUUGAUGGUAUGCUGCCUGACACUCGGUUUGAUCAUGAUGGCCGGCUGCAAUAACGUCCAGACUUAUGCGGCGGCUCAGGUCUUCUAUUGGGUUGGAUACAACGGCCUCGACUACAGCCUCUCCAUCUUCAUCGCCGACACCUCCUCCCUCAAGAACAGAAGCUUCAUGUUCGCUUACGCCACAUCUCCACACAUAAUCACGAGCUGGAUCGGUGGUCCGCUCGCGACUGCUUUCCUCAACGGCGCUGGCUUUCGAUGGGGUUUCGGCACCUUCGCAAUCGUCACGCCCAUUGUUUGCUCUCCACUCUUCUUCCUCUUCAUUUGGAACUACCGCAAGGCUAAGAAGGCAGGCCUCACGCCCAUCAGCGAGCACCGACGAUCUUCUGGUCAGUCUUUGUGGCACUAUGUUCUCGAGUUUGAUCUCGCUGGACUCCUUCUACUUUGUGGUGGUCUGGCACUGUUCCUGCUGCCGUUCAGUCUGUACAGCUACCAGACGAAGGGCUGGCAAUCACCUAUGAUCAUCUGCAUGAUCGCCUUUGGCGGCCUUCUUCUCAUCCGCUUUGCGCUAUAUGAGAAGUAUAUUGCACCUAAGACCUUCAUCCCGUUCUCGCUCCUCACCGACCGCACCGUCCUGGGCGCCAAUAUCCUCGCGGCCACUCUAUUUGUCACCUUCUACAUCUGGAACUCCUACUUCCAGUCCUUCCUACAAGUGGUGAACGGUCUGACCAUCACGGAAGCCUCCUAUGUCGGGCAAAUCUACACCAUAGGCUCAUGCUUCUGGGCCAUCGUCGUCGGCCUCGCUAUCAAAUGGACUGGUCGCUUUAAGUGGAUAGCACUCUACUUUGGCGUUCCCAUGCAGAUUCUCGGCGUCGCACUUAUGAUCAAAUUCCGGCAACCAGGUGUCAAGAUUGGCUACGUGGUGAUGUGUCAGAUCUUCAUCGCACUUUCUGGCGGCGCUUUGGUGAUCUGCGAACAAAUGGCCGUUAUGGCGGCAACGACGCAUCAGUUCGUUGCCGUAGUUCUGGCACUUGAAGGUAUGUUCGCCAGCGUCGGCGGUGCGAUCGGAAGUACCGUCGCUGCAGCUAUCUGGACUGGAGUCUUUCCGCAGCAAUUGCAGCAAUAUCUGCCUGAGAAUGAGAAGGCGGAUUAUCUUACGAUUUAUGCUAGUCUGGAGACGCAAUUGAGCUAUGAGGUUGGCACUCCAGCGAGGAACGCCAUCAACAGGGCAUAUGGAGACAGCCAACGAUAUAUGCUUAUCGCUGCUACCGCCAUACUGGUGUUGGCUGUCGUGUCGACGGCUGUGUGGAGGGAUAUCAAGGUCAAGGACUUCAAGCAGGCCAAGGGCCGGGUCGUGUAA